AUGAGUAGACAACCAAAGUCACCCCACCAUGCGCAGCAAGAUCCGUCAUCCCCUCCGUCGCAAUCGAUACCGUUGCAGAACCUCUCGAGACCGCCUGGCGAAUAUGAAUACGGCAAUCGGUAUGGUGGAGGGGAAGGGGAGGCGGAAGGGGAAGGGACUCCAGGGUUGGCAAGCGCGCGCAAUACUCAACGACUUGUACCGUCAGCGGCUACCAACUUGCCAGGGUUAUCGACAUAUUGGGAGCAACCACAAGACUAUCGUUCUCACCUUGACGAAGAAUUAAGUCCUGGCUCACCCAUAGAUCCUGCCGCAUUGCAGUUCGCCUUACCGCCAGAGAUUCAUCCUCCUGCGCCUCCUCUAUCUCGAGAUUCUGCAUCCACGCCGAACCCAUACGCGGCGCCGUCUCCAUACUACGAUGGCCCCACGAAUCACGAGUACUUCGAGUCGGAUAACACACCUCUGGCCACUGCAGCCCAGCCAAUUUCAGGCUCUCUGGCCACCCCAAAUGUUGGAGCUCCAUCACCGUCGCGGACCAGCUUCCAGACAGUAUCUGAUAUAGACGAUUCGCGGCUGAGUCCCCGCAAUACCAAGAUGCUUGGGUUCGGUUUAGGCCAGGACUACGAGGCAAGCAAACACCACAGUUAUGGUCAGAACCUGGCUCCUCUGGAUCCUCGGGCAUCGCGCUCACCAGGGACGGCUUUAUACCGAGCUGGGUCCAUUGUUAGGGCCAUGUCCCAGCGUGUAGUCAACAUCAGUGGUGAUGGAGAUACCAUAGAACAGCACCAGCGCCGAGCGCGAUCCAGAUCGAGGUCUCCAAGUGCCGAUGGCCGAAUACCACAGGAGACAAGUCAUUUAUCCGUUGAUACCUCAUAUCGGUCCCAAGUCUAUCCUCCAGAAAAGAAUGGCGAUCCAAGAUUCACCUUCGUGGAAGAGCCGCCCAUGUUCGAGGGCCCACGUGUGCCAAUGGCGAAUCCUCUCAAGGGCCGCUCACUGGGCAUCUUCGGCCCGGACAAUCCCAUAAGAAUGAAGCUCUGUGAUGUUUUGGUCAGCCCGAUUUUGGAGCCUUUCAUUCUCGCGUUGAUUGUCCUGCAGGCAAUCCUCCUGGCCGUUGAAUCUGCGCCAAAUGUGUUUGAUCCGGGCAACGGACGACCUCAGAGAUGGGACGGAACUAAGACUGAUUGGGUAAUGCUGAUAUUGUUUACCAUCUUUACUUUAGAGAUUAUCUGCCGUAUCAUCGUGUCUGGGUUCAUACUGAACGCCACAGAGUAUAGCACUAUUGAUCGAAAGAAGGGAUUCAGGGCAGUUGUGACAGAUCAAUACCAAGCAGUCUUUGGACCGCAACGUCAAAAGUCUGUCAAAGGCUUGCGUCAGGAACAUUACGGACCGUCGACGUUUACUCGGUCAUUUACAGUCAUGCAAGGACAAAGAUUACCGGAAACUUUCGAGGAGGCACAGAGGAUGCAACUAGCCCGCAGAGCGUUCUUGCGACAUGGCUUCAAUCGACUCGACUUCACGGCAAUCUUGUCAUUCUGGAUUACCUUCGUCCUCAGUAUCACGGGCAUUGAAAUGCAAUACCAUAUCUUCAUCUUCCGUAUGAUGAGCUGUCUCAGAAUCGUCCGGCUUCUUGCCUUGACCAACGGUACAGCAAUCAUUUUACGAAGUUUGAAGAAGGCAGCCCCAUUACUUAUUCGGGUGUCAUUCCUUAUCUUGUUCUUCUGGAUACUAUUUGCUAUUAUUGGCAUUCAGAGUUUCAAGUCCAGUCUUAGUCGGCAAUGUGUUUGGAUUGACCCCAUGGACCCUACUAACAUCACUGCUGCAUACACCAAUGACCUGCAGUUUUGUGGAGGACACCUUGACAACGAUACAGGUGUGGCUGUAUCAUGGGUUUGGAGCUCAACAUUGACCGGCAGUCUGGAAGAUCUGAGCAAUAGUACUGCUAGUCCAAAAGGUUAUAUAUGUCCUCGAGGCUCUCUAUGUCUGCAGUCGACCGGCCCUUUCAACAACACGGUAAAUUUUGAUAACAUCAUCCAUUCUAUGGAGCUUGUCUUCGUUAUCAUGAGCGCUAAUACAUGGUCGGACCUCAUGUAUUACACUACCAACUCGGACUACCUCCCGGCUGCGCUCUUCUUUGGUGCCGGGAUCAUGAUCAUGAUGUUGUGGAUGACGAAUUUGUUGAUCGCCGUCAUUACCUCGUCUUUUCAGGUUAUUCGAGAAGAGAGCAAGUCUAGUGCGUUCACAGGAGAGGCCCAGGAUCCUGUUGUUCCAUUUCAGAUAGAUCAGGACCGACUACGGCGGAUCUCAACCUUCCAAAGGAUCUACGACAAGACUCAGUUCCUCUGGAUAGCGUUGAUUACCCUUGACCUGCUCGUGCAGGCCUCCCGCAGUGCAAGGAAUAAUCGAGAGGCUUUGAUUAACUCUACCGAAAUAGUCGUCACCACACUUCUCGACAUAGAGAUUGUCAUUCGGUUUGCGUCCAAUUGGAGAGGUUUCCAUCGCAGCUAUCGCAAUCUGUUUGAUCUCUUCUUGGCAGUUGCAACAACCGUGAUCCUCUUACCUCCAAUUCACAGUCAGCAGGAGGUUUACGCAUGGUUGACGGUCUUUCAGAUCCUAAGGAUAUACCGCAUUGUUCUAGCAGUACCAAUCACUCGCAAACUUAUUCUGCUUGUGCUUGGAAAUGCAGCUGGUAUAGCCAAUCUUACACUAUUCGUGUUCUUGAUCACAUUCAUCAUGGCAAUCCUGGCUGUUCAGCUAUUUCGAGGCGAAAUACCGAUGUACGAAGACGAUGAGCUCAACAACAUUUCAUUCUAUAAUAUCUACAACGCCUUUCUAGGCAUGUACCAAAUCCUCUCGAGUGAGAACUGGACGGACAUUCUGUACAACGUUACUUCAUACACGACUCACCUCGGUACUUCCUGGUAUGGCGCUAUAUUCCUUAUUGGCUGGUUCAUCCUCGCUUUCUUCAUUAUUGUCAACAUGUUCAUUGCUGUCAUUCAGGAGAAUUUCGAUGUAUCCGAAGACGAAAAACGGCUAGAACAGGUCAAGGCCUUUUUGCAGAGGAAGGAAUUGGCAAACAACAGCAGCAAUCUCGCCUUGUCCACGAUCUUCACUUUUGGCAAAAACCGUAAGAAGAAGGAUCCCCUCGAUUAUGGCCCAGCUACCAUGGAAAUGCUCUUGAAAGACGCUGUCGUGCGGGAAUUUCUAGACGACAGCAUGGACCCACUGCAACAAUCACCAAACGGAACGCAGUCGCCUCAAGAAGGUCACCCUACUGGCGACGUACGACCUGGACUGCUCUCGUCAGCAUGGGGUCGGUUCCGGUCGGCAUUUACAAGCAAGGAACCUAAUCCAUUUUACCAGAAUCUCAAAUUUGAAGGCGCAAACGAUAAUCUCGACCCUCGUGCCAUGGCCCGUCAAGCUGUGUCAGCUACUGCUGCUAGACGUAAAGCCCAGCGGGAAUACCUGCAACGCCAUCCAACUUACAACACUGCCCUCCAUAUAUUUAAGCCGAAGAAUCCUUUGCGUCGUUUGUGCCAGAAGAUCGUUGGCCCUGGCCGGGGCAGCGAGCGCUUCGAUGGUGUAGAACCGAAUAAGAUUGCUUGGUACGUUUCCUCGGCAUUCAUUUAUGCUGCCAUUGUAGCAAUGGUGGUCCUUGCAUGUGUGACCACGCCGCUGUAUCAGAAAGAGUAUUUGCAGAGCAAUGACUUUCACAUGACGAACUGGUUCGUAUGGGUAGAUAUGGGAUUUGCUAUUCUCUUCACGGUCGAAGCCCUCAUCAAAGUUAUAGCCGACGGUCUAUGGUUCACUCCCAAUGCCUACUUCAGGAGUUCUUGGGGCAUCAUUGAUGGAGUUGUGCUUAUAACACUAUGGAUCAAUGUCAUUACACUUCUAGCCAAUGACGGGGCCGUCUCUAGAGCCGUUGGCGCCUUCAAGGCUCUCAGGGCUUUGCGUCUGCUCAAUGUGAGCGAUAGCGCGCGACAGACGUUCCAUUCGCUCAUCAUUGUAGCCGGAUGGAAACUUCUCGGUGCUGCUUUCGUCUCCAUGUCUCUCUUGAUCCCGUUCGCCAUAUACGCAGUAACUCUUUUCAACGGAAAAUUGGUGACCUGCAACGACGGCAAUGUAUUCAAUCUGGCCGACUGUUUUGGCGAAUACGAGGCUGCCCCUUUUAGUGGUGAUUGGCCAAUGCUAGCACCUCGCGUCGCCGACAAUCCUUUCUACUCAUUUGACGACUUCGGUUCAGCUCUAUUCAUUCUCUUCCAGAUUGUGUCUCAAGAAGGCUGGGUCGAUGUGUCGUUCGCGGUACAGGCAAUUACCGGCAAAGGCACUCAACCUUCUGACAACAACGCGCCAGGAAAUGGAGUUUUUCUUGUCAUUUUCAACAUCCUGUCUACAGUCUUCGUCUUGACUUUGUUCAUCUCCGUCUUCAUGCGCAACUACACCGAGUUGACAGGCGUUGCUUUUCUCACCACCGAGCAGAGAUCAUGGCUUGAACUGAGAAAGCUACUCCGCCAGAUUUCACCAUCGAAGAGCUCAUACGAUGACUCCGAGAAGAAGUGGAAAAAAUGGUGCCACAAACGAGCCAUCGAGAAACGCGGGAAAUGGUACACCGCGGUUACGGUCGUACUUGUGCUGCAUCUCGUCCUGCUCAUGUUGGAAUUUUACCCGGAGCCAAAUUGGUGGACGCGCACAAGAGACAUUACCUUCCUGCUCUUCACACUAAUUUACAUCGCCAAUGUCGUGAUCCGUAUUGUGGGGCUUGGCUGGACUCGUUUCCGCAAGAGUUCCUGGGAUGUCUUCUCCUUGAUUACGGUGACAGGAGCCUUUGCAACCUCGGCUCUGUUGAUCAGCAACGAAGAUUACUCCAUUUACGUGCAACUGCAUAAGACCUUUCUUGUAGCAAUUGUCUUACUGCUUAUACCUCGGAACGAUGCCCUCGAUCAGCUUUUCAAGACAGCUGCCGCCAGUUUGACGACAAUCAUCAAUCUCUUGGCUACAUGGCUCGUGUUCUUUUUGGUCUUCUCUAUUGCGUUCACCCAGACCUUCAGCUUGACCCGUUUUGGAGGGGGCGAGGAAGCCAACAUCAAUUUCCGAACAGUCCCCAAAGCAAUGAUUCUCCUGUUCAGGAUGAGCUGUGGAGAAGGUUGGAAUGAGGUCAUGGAAGAUUUCGCAAUGAUCGAGCCACCUCUUUGUGUUGAAUCUGCGGAAUUCUCUGACAGUGACUGUGGCAGUGCGAUCUGGGCUAGAGGUCUGUUCAUUGCCUGGAACCUGAUCAGCAUGUAUAUCUUCGUCAAUCUGUUCAUCUCCUUGAUUUACGAAAGUUUCUCAUAUGUCUACCAGCGCUCAAGUGGACUCGCAGUUGUCGAUCGCAAUGAAAUUCGCCGCUUCAAGGAGGCAUGGCGAAGUGUCGAUCCGGCGGGUACUGGCUUUAUCAGCAAAGAAGCAUUUCCCAAACUCCUGGCAGAGCUAUCUGGUGUAUUUGAGAUGCGUAUCUACAAAUCAGAAGACUCUGUCCGCCAGAUCUUGGAAGACGUCCGCAGCGAACCGCCACAGGCAAGACAUGCCUCUAUUGCAUCGCAAAGUGCACUCGCAGGCGUUGACGUGCAGAAACUCAAUGAACGCUUGGCGAAGAUUGAUAUUCAGGAAGUGCGCCAACGUCGCCGCCGCUUCAACAUUUUCUACGAAGAGGUUAUGGUUUCGGCAGAUCCCGAUCGAGGCAUCUCUUUCACGACUGUUCUCAUGAUAUUGGCGCACUACAACAUCAUAAGCGACAGCAAGAGCUUGAGGCUAGAAGAAUUCUUGCGGCGCCGUGCGCGCUUGCAACGUGUUGAGGAAGAAGUUCGUCGAAGAGUUGUUCUAGGUUUCUUCGACACAUUAUACUGGGCUAGGGAUUUCAAGAAACAUCUUGACAAGAAGCGAGCUGGACGAAUGUCUGAUAUACCACAAUUGGAUGUGCCGGACAUUUUUGUGGAGGACAAUGACGCGAAGCACAGGGCUCCGCAGAGGGCAACAGUAGCUGUCACUCCUCGCUCAAGAGCUGCAACAAGUUCUUCGGAUUUCUUGACAGCCUCCAAUGCUGUGCGACCACAGCACCGUAGUUGGGCCUCUAGCACUGAUAUCCACAACAUGGAUGCCCACUACGAGCAUCCAUUGAGCUUACCCAGAGUACAACCUUCCACGCCCGGCCAUCGCCACGAUAACUCGGCUUUCAGCUUCGAGCUCCAGGAGCCCGGAACUUCUUCUGGGCAGAGCAGCCGCCGUGGUAGUUCCGUGAGUCCAGCGCAGGUUAGAGAUCUACUCGACGACUCUAUCUGGGUGGAGAGCAUCCGGCGCAGCGCGACAGUACGGAAAUCUGUCCGCAAACAAGACUACAGCCAAUAUUAG